AUGGGCACCCAGAAUCAAAUUCACAAGAGUCACAAUUCAAAGAACCAAUUCUUACAAAUGUUUUUCUAUGCU